AUGGAGACCGCGAGGGAGAUCUUCGACUUGAUGACUGAAAGAAGCGUUCCGUCCUGGAACUCGAUGAUCAUCGGCUACGGGCUGCACGGGCAGAGCGAGAAGGCGCUCGAACUGUUCCUGGAGAUGGAGAGGAGCGGGCCUAGGCCGAACGAGACGACCUUUGUCUGCGUCCUGAGUUCCUGCGCCCAUGGCGGCCUGGUGCUCGAGGGCUGGUGGUGCUUCGACAGGAUGGUCAGGCUCUACGGCAUCGAGCCCAAGGCCGAGCACUUCGGGUGCAUGAUGGACCUCCUCGGCCGUGCCGGGCUGCUCACAGGCUCGGAGAACCUCAUCCAGAAUUUACAAGGCAAGGCGUCCCCCGCGUUGUGGGGCGCCAUGGUCUCGGCCUCUCAGAUGCAGAAUGGCUCCAAGCUCGGGGAGUUUGUCGGGAAGAAGCUGAUCGAGAUGAAGCCGGCGGAGGUCGGCCCGUACGUGCUCCUCUCGAACAUCUACGCGGCGGAAGGGAGGUGGGACGACGUGGAGAAAGUGAGGGAGGCGAUGAAGGAGAACGGCGCUGAGAAGGACGUGGGGCUGAGCCUUGUAGGGGGAUCAAGUGAACCAGAGACCCGCCUUGGCACUGAAGAUGGCGCGGUGGUGAUGUCGAUGCUGGGCGAGAUGGGCGCGCACAUGAAGAAGCCGCCGACUGAACCCCACGAGUCCAAGUGCAGGGAGGGAAGGGAGGCUACGAGGAUCUGUUGUGCGUGA